AUGACUAGAAGAAAGGAUUUAACAAGUGAAGAAAGACAAGUUGUUGCACUCUUCCUUUUUCGCAACAGUGCAGAUGGCAAGUUGAACUAUGGCACUCAAAAGGCUGCCAUGACGAAGUGGGGCUGCUGUAGGAGUUCAAUCGCCCGUUUAUGGAAGGCUGCAAAGAAAGAACAAGCACAAGGUCAGUUAAUAUGUGUUCAAAGCAAAAAAAUCAACGAGGUUAGAAGGAAAAGAGUUCAUAUCGAUCUAGAAUUAAUUUCAAGUUUGGAAUUGCACAAAAGAGGAACAAUUCGAAGGCUUGCAACAGGUAUCAACUGCUCGAAGAGUACAAUGGGUAGAUGGAUAUCAAGAGGGCUGAUCAGAGCUCAUUCAAGUGCUAUCCGACCUGAUUUGACAGGCCCCAACAAGUUAUUGCGGCUUAAGUUCUCUCUUGAACAUAUUGAGUAUGAUAGAAUAUGCAUGGCCCUAAAGUUUAAGUCCAUGCACAAUGUAGUGCAUAUCGAUGAGAAGUGGUUCUAUAUCACCAAAACAAACCACAGAUUUUACUUAACACCACAAGAAACUGAACCACAUCGCACAUGCAAGAGUAAGAAGUUCAUUACUAAGGAAUUUUUCCUUUCACUGAGAGUGCCAGCCGAGAGAUCAAGCAAGAACAGGCAGGCUGGAACAUUAGAAGAGAAGCCAAUUCAGUCCAUCACUAAAGAAGUGAUCAAGGAAUGUAUCAUCAAUAAGGUAUGGAUGUCAAAUGACAAAUAUUAUUCCAGCAAUAAAGGGCUUCUCUUUGAUAUUUCCUUUGAUAUUAGGAUUGUCCAUCAACCUCCAAAUAGCCCUGACACUAACAUCAAUGACUUGGGUUGGUUUAGGGCUAUUCAAAGCUUGCAAGUGCAAUCAGUUUGCUCAAACGCGGAAGAUUUAGUUAAAGCAGUUCAGAUUUCAUUCAAUGAGCUAAGUCCUAAUACAUUGAACUAUGUUUUCUUGAGUUUACAGGGUUGA